AUGCACCCUCUUACUCGCCGCGCCCUCGCUGAUGUCACCACGCCUACCCGCCAGGAACCCAGGUUGCUGCUGUUGCGCCUUGUGCCUCCACCGCGUCUGCAUCUCGCUCUGCAUCUCGCUCUCGCGCUGCCCACGCCCGACUCCACGCGACCUGCAUCCAAAUACACGCGACACCACCUGGUCCCGCUCGUGCGGGGGUAUUCGGCACGGCAGAAUCCAAGUAGCACCUCAACAUGGCCCACCGAGUAUAGACGACUACACUUGACCGCCUCUUCGCCAUGCCGCUGA